AACGGUUGCUUCGACGAUUGUGAACUCAGAAGCAUUUGUUGCUCUGGAAUGAGAAGUCGCAGAUGAGUUCAAGAUGAAGAAAAAGAAGAGAGGAGAAAGAGAAAGCAUGGAUGCCGCCAUGUUUGAAGGCACAUUGCACACAGUAUAUUCACUACACAAUGGAUUGCAUGAGAAUCCAAAGCACCUUGUCUCAUAGGAAGAACUGGAAAUAUGAUGUGUUUGUGAGUUUCAGAGGCGAAACUCGCAACAACUUCACCGAUCAUCUUUAUGCUGCUCUCUGCAGACACGGCAUAGUUGCCUUCAGGGAUGAUACUAAGCUCGAGAAAGGAGGACUUAUAUCAGAAGGGCUUCUGGAAGCUAUUGAAGGAUCACAGGUUCUGAUUGUGGUCUUCUCAAUGAAUUAUGCUUCCUCCACAAGGUGCUUGCAAGAACUAGCAAAGAUAGCUGAUUGCAUUCAAAUACCGGGACACCGUGUUCUGCCUGUUUUCUGUGAUGUGAGUCCUUCUGAGGUCAGAAAGCAAAGUGGAAACUAUGAAGAAGCCUUUGUGGAACAUGAAGAAAGAUUCAAAGAUGAUGCAGAGAUGAUGGAGCAAGUGCAAAGAUGGAGGGGAGCUCUAACACAAGUAGCCAAUCUCUCUGGCUGGGAUUUGAAGGAUAAAUGAUGUAAGUAAAACUUACGAAGAUUAUGGCCCACUUGGUGUACAAAAGCGACUUCUUUGUCAAGCUUUCAUGGAAGAAGAUUUU